GGUCCCCUUGAGUACAACUAUAAUUGUCUCAUCAAUCUAACAUGAAACAAGAAAGUCCCCAUUCACUGAAGCACUACCACUCAAAAAUUAUUUUUUAUUUGUAUAUAAUGAUAAGUAGUUGCUUUUCUUUAAGUUUCUGAGCAUAAUCCAGUGUUUAGUUGCCAGAAUUCAAGAAAAAGAUCAUAUUUUUAUGCACCCUUUUGAUUCUUGCAAUGGAUGAACACUCAGUGCCUUUGCUUUCUGAUAAAAAUGGAAACUUUGAGUACUUCAAAAAACCAUCUUCUCUUGCAUUAUUUACAAGAUGGGCUCUCAAGAUUGCAAUGUGGGUGGUUUUUAUUUUCUGGGUUUUGGCUAUAGUUUUGUACCCAACUGAGUUCUUCAAUGAUUUGAUGGAGAAAUGGAGUAAUGCUACAUCAGGCUCACUGUAUGGACUCACUGGAAGUAUUUUUAUGCUGUUCAGUGGCCCAGUUCUCAUAAUUGUAUUUCUUGGAAAUUUAUAUCUUAUCAUAUCUAAGGAUGAUGAGUUUCAUGAGAAGAAGACACAGAAAAAAGCAAGUUUCAAGUUGUGGACUUUCCCUGUCAUCAUUGAUGGACCAUUUGGAGUUGUUUCUGCUGCUGAGUUUAUUGGGAUUCUUCUGUUUUCUGUGUAUAUUGUCUGGACAGUUUCGUUUUACCUUGUUCAUUAUAUCGCAGCAGCAGCUUCUGAGCCAAAUUUUGAAGAAAAAAGUAUAUAUGUGCUGAAGUACUUUGGAGCCCGCUUGGGGUUAGUAGGUCUGUUUUGUUUGUCAUUUCUGUUCUUGCCAAUCGCAAGAGGAUCAGUUCUUCUCCGCCUUAUAGAUAUACCUUUCGAGCAUGCAACCAGAUAUCAUGUAUGGUUGGGGCAUAUAACAAUGUUAAUCUUUACUCUUCAUGGUCUAUGCUAUGUGGUUGUGUGGACGCUACAUGGUCAUCUUAUAGAAAAACUGUUGGCAUGGAAAGAUGAUGGCAUUGCCAAUCUUCCAGGAGUUAUUAGUCUUACAGCAGGCCUAUUGAUGUGGGUUACAUCCCUUCCUCCAGUGAGGAGGCAAAACUUCGAAUUGUUCUAUUAUACUCAUCAACUAUACAUAGUCUUUGUCGUCUUUUUGGCUUUGCAUGUUGGCGAUUUCAUUUUCACUAUAGCUGCUGCUGGAAUUUUCCUGUAUAUGCUUGACCGUUUUCUUCGAUUCUGUCAAUCACGGAAAACUGUCGAUGUACUUUCAGCUAGAUGUCUUCCCUGUGGAACAGUUGAACUAGUUCUCUCAAAGCCUGCAGGUCUAUCGUAUAAUGCUCUCAGUUGGAUUUAUAUUCAAAUUCGAGAACUGUCUUGGCUGCAAUGGCAUCCUUUUAGUGUUUCCUCGAGUCCUUUAGAUGGUAAACAUCAUCUUGCUGUUCUUGUAAAAGUUCUAGGCGACUGGACAGAGAAACUACAAAGACAUAUCGUACAUGAUACCAAGGAGGGACUUCAACAAGAUCUGCUUUUGCUUCCUCACUCCAAUAGUAUAAAGGCUUCUGUAGAAGGACCUUACGGUCAUGAAUCUCCAUACCACUUGACGUAUCCAAAUCUUAUUCUAGUUGCUGGAGGCAUUGGCAUAUCUCCUUAUCUGGCUAUCUUAAAUGAUAUUCUACACCGAAUUAGCGAAAAUAGGCCCUGUCUUCCAAGAAAGAUUCUUAUAGUCUGGGCUGUGAAAAAAUCACACGAGCUUCCACUUCUUCAUUCAGUUGAUAUGGAAUCUAUCUGCCCCAACUUCUCCAACACACUGAACCUUGAGAUUCAAACUUAUGUCACUCGAGAAUCAGAACCUCCAUUGGAAGAGGGAAAAAUUCACGAUACUGUGAAUACUUCCCUGUUCCGCGCCACCAGGAAUAGGGGAAUAUCUGUGUUGGUGGGUACUGGAAAUAUCAUAUGGUCUGGAAUUUAUGUGGUGGUGUCAACAGUUGGCCUAUUUAUUUUAGUGGGUUUAUUAGAUGCCUACUACAUAAAUCCUUAUAGCAUAACCUAUUGGUGGUACAAAGGGCUUCUAUUCUUAGCUUGUAUGGUUGCAAGUGUUCUUAUCUUCGGAGGUCUUGUGAUCAGUUUAUGGCAUCUUUGGGAGAGAAACGUCUCAGGAAAGGAGUCUGAGGAUGAAAAGGCUGAAAUAAUGCAGCAUAACGAGCCUCAAAUAGACAAGGAUCCACACCGGAAACAUUUCUCGAGUACUUUUCACUAUGGUCAAAGACCAGACUUUAAAGAAAUCUUUGGAUCCAUGUCGGAAAGGUGGGGCAAUGUUAAUGUUGGUGUCAUUGUGUGUGGUCCUCCAAGUCUUCAGACUAGCGUUGCCAAAGAAUGCCGUGCGCAAAACAUUGGUAGAGGAAGAAACACCCCAGUCUUCCAUUUCAACAGUCACAGUUUCGACCUAUAAUCUACCAUUCCUGGACUUUAUAUCAAGCAAUGGUGUGGAUUUGUGCAGUUGCCAAUGUCAGAAGCCAAAGUUUCGACCUAUAAGCCGGCCUGUUCUCUAUAUACUGUAUAUAUUGUAAACUCAUAGGUAUACUCAUUACUAUCUGUAUAGUUUUUAAGCUGAAGCAUUGUGUAUUAGUCGGGGAGGGCGUUGCUCAUAUGGUAUACAGUUCAUUAUCUGCUCGAUUGUGGGCUGCAUUAUAUAUAAUUACGCGCUUUACAUUGCU